AUUCAGCCAUUCCAAAAUGUCCCUCCUCACCGCUCCACUCACCAUUGGUCUCCUGCUCUUCAUCCUUCACGGAUCCUGUGAUGGAAGCCCAGUCCCAAUAGGAUUUUACAGUCAAGUUAACAAUGAUCGUGCUUUGUAUAGACCUGUUGGAGUAAAAUUCAAGGAACUGAUCAGAGACUCUGCACUGGAGAGCAAAGCGUCGAGAUCGUCUUGCGGCAGCUUUGGGAAUGUAAACGUGGUGUAUGUGAAAACCAAGAAUGGCUUCAGAGUGAAACAGAAACACGAAUAUAUGAUCAACGUUUACAAUCGUGUUGGCUGUGCUCAGCUGGAUUGCGGCCCCACUUUCAAGCCCGAGUCCACACACAGAGUUUGUGUUUUUGGUAGAGGAUGAAUUUGCUCCUCUUGUUUGAAUGAAGACUUGCAAUUAAAAU